AUGACUGACAAUGCGAUGGAUGCGACUUCAUCCGCAUCAAAUGCUCAGCCUGACAGCACCGCAGAGACUUCCAACAAACCAACAGAAGAACCAACUUUAAUAGAGCCACAACAAACACCCAGUGUAAAACAUAACCUCAAAGACCCCAUCGUCUUCAACACACCCCUCGGCAUACAAAUCCUCUACAGCAAGUCCAUUCAGGAAUACUGGAUCCCAAGCAAUGGCCAGUUCACAAGUCUCAUCAAAAUCGACAAGAAACAAAUCACAAAAACAGAGGCCCGCCAAUUCUUAGCUACAAUUAAAACAUGGGACGAUAUAGUCACCAACCUACCCAAACAAUUCCCCAACAUCAAGCCCUCGCCAAACGAGCAGCUCCUCCCCUCAGCACUGGUGGUCUUCAACGCCCUCCACGAUAGUAUCCGCGUCAAACGCAACGAACAGGACUCCGGCCUCGCGCAAUUCUACUUCGACAAGCUCAAACUCGGGGGGAAGCAGUCCAAGACGCUGAUUCCACUGUGUCGUCCGGACUUUGACUACGCGUGCAGGUGUCUACAAUUGGAGACGUAUGGCCCCGUGGCGUACUGUCGCAACUGUACGUCCUACCGGGUACGGGAGGGAGAUGGGUACAGGUUGAUUAGUAUGGUUGGUGUUUUGACGUUUAGGAUGGACAUGGCGUGUGCGAUUUAUGCGUUGUGUUGCGAGGGGACGGGGACGGUUGUUGUUGAUGCGGCGUUUCGGACGUUUUGCGAGUUGUUGCCGUUUGCGAAUUUGGGGGGGAUACCUGCGCCGAGGGAGGUUGUUGUUACUUGGUUGAUGAGGGAUAGUUUGUUUAUAGGACGGCCGGGGAGUCCUGCUGUUAGUUGGGGGAGUAUGUUUUGUGAUAUGCGGGUUCCGGGUCAGGUUGAAGGGGGGAGGAUGUCGAGGCAGUUUGGUGUUGGUGAUGCGGUUGGGUUGGCGAGAUUGGGGUUGGCGGUUGCGACGUUGGGGAUGAUUAGUUAG